GUAUGCUGGGAAGGCAGAGUCAUCCUCCGGUGGCGCCAUCUUAUUUCUCUCAGCGGAUACCGGGGCGGGCUGCGGGAGCGGCACGGAGAGGAUGAAGGGGAUCCCGACGAUCGCUCGUUCCCUCUCUAAGAGGUUUUAUUCUCUCAGCGUUGCUCCCAAAGUUGAAGCGUCAGCAACUGCAGAGCGAGGAAAGUUGCGUCUACAGCCACAGGAUCUCGAGAUCACAAGAUUACCAAAUGGUUUAGUGAUUGCAUCUCUGGAAAACUAUUCCCCUGCUUCAAGAAUUGGUGUGUUCAUUAAAGCAGGUAGCAGAUAUGAAACCACCAACAAUUUGGGAACCUCCCAUUUGCUCCGUCUUGCAUCAAACUUAACUACUAAGGGAGCCUCGUCCUUCAAAAUUACUCGUGGCAUUGAAGCUGUUGGAGGUAACCUAAGUGUAACCUCCACAAGAGAGAACAUGAUUUAUUCUGUUGAAUGCCUACGUGACUAUGUUGAUACAGUAAUGGAGUACCUAAUUAAUGUCACUACAGCUCCAGAAUUCAGACCUUGGGAAGUAACAGAGCUUCAGGCACAACUGAAAGUUGAUAAAGCGGUUGCCUUUCAAAAUCCACAAGUUAGUGUUCUUGAAAACUUGCAUGCUGCAGCUUAUCGGAAUGCUCUUGCUAACUCCUUGUAUUGUCCGGAUUAUGCAGUUGGGAAAAUUACACCGGAGCAGCUGCACCAGUUUGUACAGAACAACUUCACAAGUGCAAGAAUGGCUCUAGUGGGACUAGGUGUAAGCCAUUCUGAACUAAAACAAGUUGGAGAGCAAUUUCUGAAUAUCAGGAGUGGGGCUGGUUCUUCUGGUGUUAAGGCCCAAUAUCGUGGAGGUGAAAUCAGGGAACAGAAUGGUGAAAGCCUUGUGCAUGCUGCCAUAGUAGCAGAAGGAGUUGCUACUGGAAGUGCAGAAGCAAAUGCAUUCAGUGUCCUUCAGCAUAUUCUAGGUGCAGGGCCUCUUAUUAAAAGGGGAAGCAAUAUUUCCAGCAAACUGUUCCAGGCUAUCGCUAAGGCAACUAGUCAACCAUUUGAUGCUGCAGCAUUUAAUGUUAAUUACUCUGAUUCUGGACUCUUUGGGAUUUAUACUAUAUCCCAGGCUUCUGCUGCUGGGGAGGUCAUUAAGGCUGCUUUGAACCAGGUAAAGACAAUUGCUCAGGGCAGUAUCACUGAUGAAGAUGUCACAAGGGCUAAAAAUCACCUGAAAGCCACAUUCUUGAUGUUAGUUGAGACCUCAGACGGAUUACUUGAUGAAAUCGGUUCUGAGGCAUUGGCAUCUGGUACAUACACAUCACCAACAGCUGUAAUUCAAAACAUUGACUCCAUAGCCACUGCUGAUAUUGUGAAUGCUGCAAAGAAGUUUGUUGAUGGGAAGAAAUCAAUGGCAGCUAGCGGGAACUUGGGAAAUACCCCUUUUGUUGAUGAUUUGUAAUAGGAAACACAACUGAGGCAGAUUCAAAGUGGACUUUUCUCACUGUAUGCCAAUUAUAUUAUACAUAAGUUACAAUCAACCUGUUUAUGAAUUCAAAUGUCAAGAAUAUUAAUCUAGAUAAUUAAUUUGUGGGCUUGCAUAUAUUGAAUAAAGUGCUGAGUUCAUAUACUUUGUUUUUGUUAAUAUAUUUAUCUACUGAAAGUAAGGUAUGUGUAAGUAUGGAAACAUUGAACAUUAUCGAUUAAAAAUACUUAAAUGCCAACUCAUUGUUUCACUAUAUUUAGGUGUGUGCCUUGCAAAAACUACCAGAGAUGAAUAGUUCAACUACAUUCUUGAUGCAGAUUAAAUUUGUAAUUACCACAGUUAAUAUCCCAGCUAUAUAUCCUCAACACAUUCAAGAAUAGUUGGUAAAAUUACUAUUUGCACCAUAUCUACCUUAAGUAAAUUAUCAAACUUACCUUUAAAAGCUAAAAGCAAUAUACUGCAGCUCUACCACUUGCCUGCUGUACCUUGAUCACUGGACUCACCGAAGCAGCAUGUUUAAUGUUCCCUUCACAGAUAGGAUUGAUGGAGAUUUUAGCAGGUUUUUUCUUAAGAUCUGGAAGUGUGGCUUUGGAUAGCAGCUAUCAUCUUAGAAUCCAGAUUUCCAAAUAUCCUAGGCAGUCAAGGCAUGCUGUGCUAAAUCUUCAAUUUAACUAAUUUUAAAAUCAAUAUUUUGAAAGUGAACCUUCAGCUGAUGAAGUGCUUCAGAAAAAUCCAAUUUCUGAAGGCUUAAAAUUGGAUGUGACCAUUCAGUUAUUCCAAAAUACUGGCAAACUCUUCAAGCCAAAAUGCAUCUGAUAUAGAGGAAGAGGAUGAUGAUGAUGAUUCACUGUCAUGUGUUUCCAUAGUCCAGUAUGAAGAUCUAAUGCCAUCAGUAGCAAAGUCAGAACUAUACCAUGCAUCAAAAUCUUUAUGAAUUAUAAUAUCACAUCCAAUGUCAGCACCUACAGUAAAUGUGUGUUUUUUUCUUUUAAAUGCAUGCCACGUUUUUGAUAUUGAUGGCAAUUCUUUGGUAGAAUCAUAACAAAAUGAUUGUGUAGUUUUGUAUCUAAAACUUCUGUCCGAGUCUACGUCUUCAUAAUCAUCACUACUUGUCCAUGUGUCGUCUUUUGUCUCACUGUCUUUACUUGAAAUGCUAAAAACGUACAACAGUCAUAGCUUUAAUUACAAAUUCUUUACUUAAGGGUGUCAAAAUUGAAAUUUGAUUUGUGCA